AGCGAGAAAGGGAGACGUUGCUGUCGAAAAACGGCAAAAUCAAAUGGUCCUCCGCGGCCUAUCGCGGCCCGGACCGGCCCCGCGCCAUCCGCCCGCCCUGCCCCGCCGUGACGCCGGGCCCCACGGCCUACGCCGCGUCGCGAGCGCUCGACAUCGAGUCCGCCUUCCGGCUGUUUGUCACACCGGCGAUAGAAAGGAUCAUCGUGGACAUGACCAACCUGCAGGGGGUGAGAAAAUACGGCGACGGCUGGCGACCCAUGGACUCCACAGACCUGCGCGCCUACGUAGGGCUGCUGAUCCUAGCCGGCGUCUACAGGUCCCGAGGCGAGGCCGCGGCCAGCCUGUGGGACGCCGAGAGCGGCAGGACCGUGUUCCGCGCCACCAUGCCGCUCAAGGCGUUUCACAAGUACUCGAGGCUGCUGCGAUUCGACGACCGCCAGUCGAGACCCGCGAGACUCGCCACCGACAGACUGGCGGCCGUCAGAGAGGUGUGGGACCUGUGGGAGGAGCGGCUGCAGGCCCUCUACAACCCGGGGCCCGAAGUGACGGUGGACGAACAACUGGUCCCGUUCAGAGGACGCUGUCCUUUCCGACAGUACAUUCCCAGCAAGCCGGCCAAAUACGGCAUCAAGUCGUGGGUGGCCUGCGACGCCAAGUCCAGCUACGCUUGGAAGAUGCAAGUGUACACCGGCAAGGCGGCCGGCGGAUGCCCCGAGAAGAACCAGGGCGCGCGCGUCGUCCUCGAUCUGACCGAGGGACUGCCGGCCGGUCACAACGUCACGUGUGACAAUUUCUUCACCUCCUACGAACUCGGGCAGCGGCUCCUCGAGAGGAACCUCACCAUGGUGGGCACGGUGCGAAAGAACAAGCCCGAGCUCCCUCCCGCGCUGCUCCAGUCCAAGGGCAGACAGGUCUCGUCCUCCAGGUUCGCCUUCACGCCCACCGCCACUCUAGUGUCCUACCUGGCAAAGAGAAAUAAGAACGUGCUGCUUCUGAGCACGCGGCACGCGGAGCCCGACGUCAGCGAUCGCCGAGACCGGAAGCCGGCCCUCAUCCUAGACUACAACUGCAACAAGGGCGGCGUGGACAACCUAGACAAGGUGGUCGGGACCUACAGCUGCAGACGGAUGACCGCCCGCUGGCCCCUGGUCAUCUUCCACAACAUCCUCGACGUGUCCUCCUACAACGCCUUUGUCAUAUGGCGAGAGAUCAACCCCGACUGGAUGCCCGGGAAGCGGAACAAGAGGAGGGUGUUCCUGGAGCAGCUCGGAAAGGCGCUCGUGAAGCCCUUGAUCCAAAGAAGGCAGCGUCUCCCCCGCACCGAAGCCGCGUCCGCACUUGUCAAAGUCAUACGGGGCGAGCGUGUAUCCGCCGAGGCUCGUCCGCAGGCCCGCGAGCGAGCCGCCGGCCCGGCCGCCGCCGCCGCCCCGGCCGCCCCGCUGGGGGCGAGUAAGAGGAAGAGGUGUCAGGUCUGCCCACCCAAGAAGGACGCCAAGACACACACAGCGUGCUGCAGGUGUAAGAAAUACAUCUGCAAAGGCUGUUCACACCCAUACUGUCACACUUGUGCCCACUGGGCCUUUAGCCAAGACGGGACAGAGUGACCCCGGGGGGGGACACUGUGUGCUAGGCAUAAUAGAAGGACAACGGG